AUGGAAAAUAAGACAGAAGUAACACAAUUCAUUCUUCUAGGACUAACCAAUGACUCAGAACUGCAGGUUCCCCUCUUUAUAAUGUUCCUCUUCAUCUAUAUUAUCACUCUGGUUGGAAACCUGGGAAUUAUUGUAUUGAUAUUCUGGGAUUCCUGUCUCCACAAUCCCAUGUACUUUUUUCUCAGUAACUUGUCUCUAGUGGACUUUUGCUACUCUUCAGCUGUCACUCCCAUCGUCAUGGCUGGAUUCCUUAGAGAAGACAAGGUCGUCUCUUACAAUGCAUGUGCUGCUCAAAUGUAUAUCUUUGUAGCUUUUGCCACUGUGGAAAAUUACCUCUUGACCUCAAUGGCCUAUGACCGCUAUGCAGCAGUGUGCAAACCCCUACAUUACACCACAACCAUGACAACAACUGUGUGUGCUCGUCUGGCCAUAGGCUCCUACCUCUGUGGUUUCUUGAAUGCCUCCAUCCACACUGGGGACACAUUUAGUCUCUCUUUCUGUAAGUCCAAUGAAGUCCAUCACUUUUUCUGUGAUAUUCCAGCAGUCAUGGUUCUCUCUUGCUCUGAUAGACAUAUUAGCGAGCUUGUUCUUGUUUAUGUUGUGAGCUUCAAUAUCUUUAUAGCUCUCCUGGUUAUCUUGAUAUCCUACAUAUUCAUUUUUAUCACCAUCCUAAAGAUGCACUCAGCUUCAGUAUACCAGAAGGCUUUGUCCACCUGUGCCUCUCAUUUCAUUGCAGUCGCCAUCUUCUAUGGGACUAUUAUCUUCAUGUACUUACAACCCAGCUCCAGUCACUCCAUGGACACAGACAAAAUGGCAUCUGUAUUCUAUACAGUGGUCAUCCCCAUGCUGAACCCUCUGAUCUAUAAUCUGAGGAACAAGGAAGUGAAGAGUGCAUUCAAGAAAGUUGUUGAGAAGGCAAAAUUGUCUCUAGGAUGGUCAGUUUAA